AGUGACCCUGCCUACGAAGCCGGUGGUCCCGGGUUCAAAUCCUGGUAAGGGCAUUUAUUCGUGUGAUGAGCAUGGAUAUUUGUUCCUGAGUCAUGGGUGUUUUCUAUGUAUUUAAGUAUAUAUAUAUUAUAUAUAUCGUUGUCUAAGUACCCUCAACACAAACCUUCUUGAGCUUACUGUGGGGCUUAGUCAAUUUAUGUAAUAAUAUCCUAUAAUUUAUUAUUAUUUAUUAUAUAAUAUAUCCAUGACGACACCAAUUUGAAGGUCGAUGGCUGUAGACAUGCAGAUGACAGCAGUUGGUCUCGGAGUCUUCUUCCUCCUGAAGAGGACCAAGGCUCGGCUUGCUGCCAUCGUCCUGUCCGUGGCUGCAGGUGUGGCCACCCCCGCCAUGGCUACAUACUACAAUAACGUGCAUCCAAUCAUGGUCCUUUCACCAGAGGCGACUGUCAACUGGUUUGUCCACGACCCGACAUUCAAUUAUUUGUACAAACGCGGCCAUACCAACCUCAUCGGGUACGCCCUCGGCUGGGCUUUGGGCUACGUAGUGUUCAACUUGAGAAAUAGCGACGUGGGUGCAAAGAAAUAUAAGAAAUACGGUGUCCUUGUUUGGCUGAUACUCCCAUCCGUACUAGCCAUCAACACCAUCGGAGCUGUCUUCUACGACCAUACAGUGACUGUACCAUUAUAUGCUUGCGCGAUUUACGCGGGAUUAACUAAGCUCAUCACCGGCUUACUGUUCUCUUUAGCACUGUUUCUAACUAUUGUGAAAGCCAACAAGCUUCGCACAAAGCUGUAUUGUUGGCAAGGCUGGACUCCGCUAGCUCGCCUCAGUUUCUGCUUGUACAUGGUGCAGAUGACUGUUCUACGCUAUCGCUCGGCCUCCACACACACAAUGUACCACAAGUCUGAAUUCAAGAUCUUCCAAAACUUCCUGGAAACCACAUUCGUCUCGUGUCUGAUAUCCGUGCUGCUGUUUCUAACUGUGGAGGCGCCGUUUGCGCGGCUCACUCGGCUGGGCCUUGCGCCCGCGCAGAAGAAACAUGCGGAUUGAUUGUUGCUUUGAAUCAAGGCUUGGAACCGGUUUUAAAAAUAGCGGUAAAUACCAGUUUAUUCCGGUUUUACUCCAAACUUUCAUAAUAACGCGGACGUUUUAAGAACUUUAUUAAAUUUGUAACCUAAAUAAACCGGUUUAUUAGACGAGCGACGAGACGGCUGGCCGGCCUGGUGGUGUGCCACAUAAACAAAGACACCGACAUAGGAAAAAACCGGGUUUUUAUUGUUCUGAAGCGGUUAAUCUGACAAGAUUGACAAGAAUUUAAUGGAAAUUUUCUCCUAAAACCGGUUUAGAUAUAAUGGUUUUACGAAUGAAACCGAAAUCAUAAGGUUUUGUGCCAAGUACAUGAUAACGGUUUGGAAAUGUAACCGGUUCCUGAGCCUUACUUUGAAUGCUAUUUCGUUAAAAAUUUCAACGCUCAUUAGCCAAAUCCUGGUUUGACAGGAGGAAAUAUGCACUUAACUUGUUUACUUAAAUAUCGACUUUUCUAUCGACAUCCAUAUGAAGCAAGUUUGUUUUUUUAACUAAAAAAUCGCUUAUUGUUUUUAUUUUAAUAAAAAAUUGCUUAUUGUUUUUAUUUCAAUAAAAAAUUGCUUAAGGCGUUUUUUACUUACGCUAUCAAGCGCCUUAUACACCUAAACCUUCUUCAGGAAUCACAUCUUGAUCCGUUCCGUCGUUUUUGAGUUUAUCGCGAACAUACCUAGGUACCUAUUUAUUUCUUAUGCGAACUGCCAAGGAGUGGAAUGCCCUGCCCGAGUCUGUGUUUCCGCAUGAGUACAAUCUGGGUCUCUUCAAGGCUAGGGUAAAUAGGUAUCUCAUAGGUAAGCGUGGUCCACCGUAGACCGCAUCAUCACUUACCAUCAGGAGAUCGUGGUCAAACGCUUGCCUAUCGUUAUAACAAAAAAAAAAAAAAAAAAAAAAAAAAAAAAAAAAAAAAAAAAAAAAAAAAACCCUAUGUACCUAGGUGUACCUAGGUACAUAAAGACAAACGAGGCGGGGUUUUAUAAAGUGGGUCAAUCGUAAAUAACGUAUUUGACAUAUAUUUCACCGCUUGUUGACUAACUGUCGUACAUACUUACAUGCAGCCAUUUAAAAUCUAAUUAUUGAUAAGUAUAGUAUGUAAAGUCGUAUUAUUUUAAUAAAAUUAUUUCAACCAAAAAUAAAACAACCUUUGAUUUUCCAUAUCAUUAAUUUUAUUCCUAUUCCAUUUACAAUUAGGCGGGUCCACACAGAGCGAGCAUACGCGCGAGGCAAUUUCCUCACGCACAAAUCGGCCAUGUGUAGACGUGCCUCGGCCGAGGCAGGGCGCGCUAUUUCCUCGCCCGAGUGUGGACUCGCCUAUUUACAUUUACUUUGAAAAACGGAAGGACGUAAAACUUAGAACUAAUUGGUAAUACUUAGGUAUAUUACACGACGAAUAAAUAAAUCUUACAAACACGCAUCCAAUGAAUAGUAAUGAUCUUCGAUCUGAAUCCCUUUUUCUAAUGUUUUUGUAGCUGAUCACAUUAACAGAACGGCUGUAAGCAGUAUAUUAUACUCGUACCAUAUUUACUUCAAAGUUCUCUGUCUUCGAGAUAUUUGGCAUCAAAGUUGAACAAUUUUAGGCCAAAAAGCUGCUUAACUGGCCUGUGUUAAUUAGUUUAAAAUUAAAAUCUCUGACCAGUUUUUAGAGACGUCAAAGACGAACCCAAAUGUGAAGAUUUCGUACAUUUGAAAUCAUCACUGCCAACUUAGCUUGGUCUAACUUUACAAAUUUUGGCAUUGCACAAAACUCAUUU